CAAUGAUUCCACGCCCCCCGAAACGCAUCGCGGAAGUAGCAGGCUGAAGUUUGGGCCAUUAUGUUCCGUUUGUGGCGCUGCAACAGAACGCUUGUGACCCAGUCUGUUUUCUGGCGCAUAAAGCAGUCGACGAUGACCACCCAGGGCAACGUAAAAACGGACGAGAGCGGGUCGAUUCACUCCAAACGACUACAGGAAGUGAACGACGUUCCGAAUGACGUCAUCAUCCGGCCGUUUCCUCCUGUUCUGGACGAGCAGAAAGUCCAGAGCCUCGUCAAUACAAUAAAGGCCGGAGCAGACGUCCACGUUGUUCCUCCAAUCGAUGUGGUCUGGAUCAAAGGCAGAGAAGGGGGAAAUGAUUUCUACUCAUUUGGAGGCUGUCAUCGCUUUGCUGCCUACCAGAGGUUGAAAAUGCAGACAAUCCCCGCCAAGAUCACGAAAUCAAACACCUCAGACCUCAGAACGUACCUGGGGGCCUCAACCCCUGAUCUGCGGUGACCAAGGGCUCGUAUGGAGUAACCUGCGAGUCGGGGACUUUUUGAUGAUGCAUAGCAGAUAGUCAUCCAUCAGGGGGCGACAUAUAUCAAACGCAGAUAAUCGAAGUGUGUCAAAGGAAGUUCAGCAGGGAACUAUUCCAUUUUCUCUACACUGUUGUUGAAAGUCAUAGACAGGUAGCAUAUCAAUGGUGACAUAGGUAGUCAUCUGUGGACAUUAAUCCUGGUACAGUGUUUUAGAGGUUGUUCAUGUUUGUUCAUGUCUGACAGGUGUUUAUUGGAUCGAAUGAAGGAGUUUAUGCCACGUAAAUGUCAGUUUUCGUAAAUUGGGGGAUUCUUACUUUUGCAUUACUGUUUAGAUGAUUUUCCAUGCAGGAGAGCCCACGUCGCAUACGCCAAAGAAUUUGUUGCUUUUUAAAAUAUUGAUGAGUAUUUAUUAGUUAUGUACUACAGUUUGUAGUAAUGCCAUUUUUUUAAUUGUAUACUCUCAUACUAGAAUGGCACACAAAUAUAUAUUCUGUGUACUAUUUACUCAUCAAAUUCAUUUCAUUCAUCCUUCCUCUGAUUUUCUUUGUGUUGUAACUCAAAAUGUUGUCUGUCACUGAAGAUUUGUCAGAAAUAGUCCCACGUACAGUAACGUCACGUCACAUCUUGUUUAAAUGUGUUACUUUAAUAUUUAAAAUCCCCAAAUCUGACACAUGGAACCUUUUGAGGACACUUCCUGUUAAUUCAUAAAUAAAUGCUUAUUUGUGGAAUUUGA